GGGGUUCACCGUCAACCCUACUCGUAGGGUCCAGCAGCACAACGGGGGCCGCAAGAAAGGAGGGGCCUGGCGGACCAGCGGGCGCGGGCCCUGGUAAGAGGGAGUGGAUUGCUGUCUGGAGCAGGGCUUCCAGGGAGAGGCGAGGCUCUGAGGAGAGGCCUGCCGAGAGGGGCGGGGCCAAGCCAGUGACAGUAGGCGGAGCCGGUGCGGUGGCUGAGAGCAGGGCCGGGAUGCGAGUUCCUGGUGCAAUGGCACCAAGGGUGGAGGAGCACGGUGGGGAGGCGGAGCCCUGUGAAACUCGGCUGUGGGACUAAGAGGCAGGGAUUGAGUGAGAAGGGGACUGAGGAUCUAGGGUUGGUCCGGUGACAGCGGCUGAUGAACAAGGCUGGGGUUGUAUCAGAGAGAGUCUGCAAGGGAGAGGACAGGGGGAGGGCAGGAGGCGGGGCCUGUGCUGGAGGCGGGGCCUGAGGUUGGCAGGUGUGAGAGGAUGCACCUUCGCGAAGGGGGCGGGGCCUCGCGGACUAGGCUCGAAGCCUGGCGUGAGGACUUCACUCUCAGGGCGAUGGUGCUUAUCGUGCACGGCUUCCCUUCCGCCGUGGCCGCCCUUCGGUUCGAGUGGGCCUGGCAGCACCCGCAAGCCUCACGCCGCCUGGCUCACGUGGGCCCGCGCCUGCGCAGCGAGGCCGCCUUCGCUUUCCACCUGCGCGUGCUGGCACACAUGCUGCGCGUGCCGCCAUGGGUGCGCCUCCCGCUCACCGUGCGCUGGCUGCGCGCCGACUUCCGAUGUGACCUCUGCCCACCGCCACCGCCGCACAUGCCGCUGACCUUUGGGCCUCCGCCGCCCCGCGCCGCGGCCCCGAAGCGCCGCGCCGGACCCUUAGCUGACCUGGAGUCCGAGCCUGACCAAGAUACCGAGUCCUGCUGCGCCCUGUGCGCGCGCUCCUUCCAGGACGAAGAGGGCCCCCUGUGCUGCCCCCACCCUGGCUGCCGCCUCAGGGCCCACGUGAUCUGCCUUGCAGAGGAGUUCCUGGAGAAGGAGCCAGGGCAGCUUCUGCCCCUAGAGGGUCAAUGCCCUGGCUGUAAGAACUCACUGCUGUGGGGAGACCUGAUCUGGCUGUGCCAGAUGGGCACCGAGGAGGAAGAAGAGAACUUGGAAUUAGAAGAGGAACACUGGACAGACAUGCUGGAGACCUGAUCCUCCGCCCACUGCUUGUUUGUGCCACUCCUGUGGGUCUGGGCGGUUUUUACUUGAGCACAAUAAAGAGUCUUGAGUUAACGGAA